GUUCUCCCACCCACUCCCUCCCCUUUCCGGCGUCCCUACGACAAGCUAGUUCAGUCUCCCAGGAAGCUAAUUUUGCAGGCUGUACUACUACUUCACCAGCCGGGGUAGAGCAUUCUUCAAACCUUGUCUCUACCCCAGUUUGACAAAAAAUGGUCGCUUCCAAAUGCCCCCAGGAUUUCGCGGUUAAUCGUGACCCUCGGCGGAGCCUUUUCUGAUUGGCUCUGAGGAACCACUGCUCAAACGUCACUUCCGGCGGAAGGGAACGCGGGAGAUUCGAGUAGAAGGUGUUUGGCGAGUUGCUGGGUCUGUCUGGACUGCGGCCUUUCGGCGUCGCCCUGGCUGUCUCCCAGUCUUGACUUAGCCCACUGGUGGAUGCCAUCUGGACCAUCUGGAUCUGGAUUUUGGAGGACAUAGAAAGGAAGAUGCCAUAUUCCAUCAUUUGUUGCACUGUCAAGGAAUCAGGCCACAGUGUGAACGCAUGAAUAAAAGAAGAAAAUUUCUUCUUGGCUCAGUACUUGCUCUUCAGAAUUCGAGUUUUAUAUAUCCAUCAUGUCAAAUGUGCUUCUCUAGGAUAAUCUUUGUCUCCAAAAGAUCUAGUUGUCCAAAAUGCGGCUCCACUGGUGAAGCUGAAAAUGCCAGCUACAGAUAUAAACUCUCUUUGAAAGUUGCAGAAUCAAAUAAAUUAUUUGCUAUUACUGUAUUUGGAAGCUGCUUAGACACAUUUUUUGGUCUGACUGCCACUGGUUUACACAGGUAUAUUCAGGAUCCUAAUAAGAUCCCGGAAACACUGGGCAGUGAUGUAACUCAGAACCUAUUAACUAAAGCUGUUGAAACUUGUUUUGUCGGACAAAGCUUUAUUUUUGGAGUGACGAAUUUUGAAAAACAAUAUGGAAAUGGUUCAGGUUCUAAUAACUUCUUACCACAUUGCCAUGGCCACAAAAGAGAAGUCAGAGCACUAGUCGCUUGUCAGAUUCUUCUACCAAACCCCCAUGUUGCAGGCUUUACUGUCAUUGACUACUUUCAGCAGCUUUUGCAGGCUUCCAAUUUCAGGAAACUUCACUGUGCCUUCCAGGAACCUAAUAGUCACUUACUUGCUUUAGAUCAUUCAAAUAGUGAUCUCAGCAGCAUAAAUGGCUCUGAAAGCACUUCCUAUUUUUCGGAGCUCCACAGCCAAGAUGAUUUUUCAAGAUUCUGGCAGCCAUCACUUGAACUUACUUCCAUUGUUUCACCACUAACAGAUAAUGAUGAUUUGUCAGCUUCAGAACAAACAAUGGCCAUUAGUUCUGUUCAUCAAAACAGAAAGUGCAUCUCCUUUGCAAAUGUUACUGGUUCUAGCAGUUGCUGUGAUCCCGUUCGGGGUUCGUGGAGCCUCAUUUCAUAUAUGGAUAAAAAGAAUACAACAGAAAAGAUGGAUGAGGAACUUGGCUUACAAGCUAAUCAUCCAAGUACAAUUCAUAGCAAUCAUCAUGAAAUUAGAGUUACUGACUUUAAUUUAUUUCCUUUGAAAAUACAAGAGCCACUUGAGUCAAAUAAUGCAGAAUCCUUCCAUAGUCCAGUGAAAAUUAACAAUAGUUAUUCUCAAAGUGAGAUUAAAUGUUAUCCACAUCAUAAUGUAAAUACCACCACUAGCCUUCAAGAAAUAUCUGCAUAUUGUCCAUCUUCAUCAUUUAGAACUGGGGAGAGAACUAGCAGUUCCCAUGAUUAUGACCCUAUGAUUUGGGAUGAUCUGCCAUUCUCUGAAAGCCUGAACAAAUUUCUAGCGGUUAUUGAAACUGAGAUUGCUAUAUCCCAAACAGAUGCCAGGAAAAAGAAACAUGACGUAGAUAAUGACAUCAGUAAAUUCCUUGCAGACCACAGCAGGUUAUGUGUGACUCCCCAGAGAACUGCUGAAGCUCUGUAUUCAUCACCUAUAGUUUUAAGAUCAUCACAAGCUAAAGUCAAAACACACUGUAGCAAAGAUAACUUCUUUUCCAGCUGUGAAGCAAAUCUAAGUCCUGUUAUUCAAAAGGAGUCAAAAUCAGAUAACACAGCAGAGGUUGUCUCUAUAGGCAAUAAUGGAAGGGAUAUUUCAGAAUAUUUUUUCCCAGACCCUUAUCUUUCAACUCUGUUUCCAUCUUCAAAAAAUUUAGAAACAACAGUUAAAAAGACUAUCAGGAUUCUACCACAUAAGGAUGAAAUUUCACUUAGGCCCAGUACUUCAGAGAAUGACCAGUUUUGUCUCAGUGUCAAAUAUUUUAGUGGAGAAAAGUCAUUUUCAGAAAUGAAUGAAGAGUUGACAGCUCCAUGUUCUAGAAAGUACAAUGAUGUUUCUGAUGUUUGCAUAUUAGGAAACAAACAAUUUUAUAGGUCGCCAAAGAAUCAAGGUGACAGUUUUACAAUUUGUAAGAAACUAACAUAUUCUUUAGAAACUCUUUGUAAUAGUCCAAGUACAAAUACAUUGAAAGAAAUGCCCUUGGGACAUAUCAAUAAUAACUUAACACAAAGCUAUUCUGAUCAUGAAGAUAGCUACAAUGCUUCUGCUGAUCUCUUUGAUGAUAUUGCUAAAGAUGUGGCCAUUGCAACAGAAAUUAUCAAAAAACCACAGGAUAUUUUGUUACAGUGGGAAACAUCCUUGACAGAAAAUCAUCUUGCAGAGCCUGAUUUUUCAGUAAGAUCACUUUCUGACAAUUCCAGCAAAACUUCACAAAAAUCAUCCUUGCAAAGCCUAUCUACCUCUAAGUAUCUAAGAACAUACUCUCCUCCACCUCAUUUUCAGUCAGAUUCAGAAUGUGACCUUGAAGAGAGCCAAGACUUUGUUCCAUGUUCACAGUCAACUCCAAUUGCAAGAUUCCACCAAAAAAUUAAUGGGAUAAAUGAAGCUUUCAAAAAAUUGCCUGCCUUUUAUUCAGAUCUUGAUGCUAACCAUAAAAAAAUAAGUAUUUCUCCUGAAAAUGACAAACAGCCAGCCACCCCAAGCUGCUCAAAACACAUGAAAACACAUAGCCAGAAAUUCAGAAGCCCGGAGAUGUUCAGCAAUUGUAGUAUUUCUGAGUGUCUUGAAACUGAUAUUGAGGAAUGGGUCCCUCCUACCACAAAAAAAGACAAGCUUGGAUUCCAAGUCAUAGGUCUAAGGAAGUGCUUUACUGCCCAUAAUUCUCCUGAUCAAAGAGAAUUACCAAGAAAGAAACUAAAGCAAGUCAAGCAAAGAACUGAUGUAUUUUCAGUCAAGAAAAAGUUUAAGAAUAUGUCUACAGAAAUAGUUGCAAAACAGAAAACUCCUAAAUAUAACUGUAAACAGUCAGGCUGGAUUUCCAAAGAGUCAAUUCUUGGACUUGAUUGUUUUUCAGAAUAUUGCCUUCCAUCUUCAGUUUCUGAUACUAAAAGUACUUGGUCACCUGAAUUGUUUUCAUAAAAAGUCGCGUGAACUCAAUUCUUCCAACUUUUAAGUAAAGGUAAAUCUGCUUGGAAACUUCCCUCCAGUGGCAUGGAGAGCAUUCUUUACAUUUUGAACACUCUGACAGAAGUAAAUAAGAAAGGGACUGUACUGGGUCUUUUAAAGUGUAAAACCGUAUCCCCCCCCCACCCCGGGUUUUAUCCAGAAUACUGUUUAUUUAGAUUAUUGAGCACUUUAUCUUAUGUUGAUUACAGAUAGUAAUAUUGUUAAUUUUGCUUUUUAAAAGUAUUUGUUAAAAUCAGAAAAUAAAGCCUUUGGAAAUCAAACAUAAAAUCUUAGCUGUUCAGCUGAGAUCUGGUAUUUUCUGAUCCAAGAUUUGUAAUGGUUGUUACACACAUAGAUGUUGCUAUGGGAGCAUGAAAGAGAAGUGGUUAACCCAGCAGGUAAGAAGAAAUCAAUAAAAACUUACAUUUUUAGAAGUUAUAUGCACAGUCAUUUUUUAAUAAAUAUCCAUUGAAUGCUUACUACAUACCAGGUACUGUGCUUGUUAUAGAAACUCAAAAAUGAAAGUUAGGCCCCCUUAAUUCAAACUCAUUGUCUAGUAGAAGUAGAGUGAUAAAACAACUGGACUAUGUUCUUUUUUUGAGGGGGGAGGCAUAUUAUGUUCUAUGACAGAAGAUAAACUUGGAAUGCUCAUAGAAGCCAAAAAAAAGGAGUAGUUUCCACACUCCAAGCAGCACUUCAGCUGUGUCCUGUGAAAUAUUUUACAGUAUCCCUGGUCAGCUUCUGUUAUGUUUUGGAUAUGUGGUAUCUUCCAAAAUCUCAUGUAUGAGACAUCUCAAAAAAGUUUAGAGGUAAAACAAAUAGGUUUGAAAGCCUUAACCUAAUCAAUGUAUUAGUCUGUUUGAAUGGAUUAACUAGGUGGUAACAAUAGGCAGGUAGUGUGUGGCUAGAGGAGGUAAGUCACUGGGAGCAAGCCUUUGGAAUAUAGAUUUUGCCUAUGGUGAGCGGUGCUCUCUACUUUCUGGUGCCAUGUCCUGAGCCACUUUUUUCCACCUCACUCUUCCAUCAUAAUGAUCUGCCUCAACUUGGGCCCAGAGCAAUGGAGCCUGCUGCAUAUGGACUGAGACCUCUGAAACUGUGAGCCCUAAAUAAACUUUUCCUCCUCUAAAAUUGUUCUUAUCAGGUCUUUUGAUCCCAGCAGAAGAAAAGCUGACUAAAACAGCUUCCUUUGUCAUAUCUCACAGAAAAUGAUUCCAAAUCUUCACAAUCUUUAUGCCACCAAGCUAUUGCUAUUCUUCUUUUCUUACUUCAUGAAGAGUAUUAAGAUCACCUGGUAUUCCCUAAACUUCCCACACCCAUACUUACUUACUUGUGUAUAGUCCCCAAUAACUUUUUUCCUACAGUCUAAGAAAAUGAUGAGCGCCAUGUUGGUGCUAGUCUAUUUGUACUGUUAUAUCAUUACAUUCAUCUUUGUUGGAUCUUAUUCCAGAAAAACAAAAUAUAUACCUACACCUCCUGUAUUUUACCUUCUUGCCCAUCUCCCCCAGCUUUUUAUUUUGAUAAUUUGCAAGUACAAUGGCUAAAAGAAUACUACAGUGAUACAGCAUCUAAUCAUACCAUCCAAAUUCAAUUAUCUUUAAAUUCUGCCUUUUCUAUAUGCUUAUUUCCCCCUCCCUCUCCCUCUCCCUCUCUUGGUAUGUCUGUGUGGGUACACACAUAUACAUAUAUGUGUAUAUGUUUUUGCUGGACUGUUUAAAGAUAAGCUACAGCUCUCCUGGAUCACAAGUUUGAUCUGAUGUAUGCCAAAUGUGCUUUUGUUCACUGGUAUGUGGGUGAGGGGAUUGAGGAAGGAGAGUUUUCUGAGGCCCAUGAGGACAUGGCUGCCCUAAAGAUAGAUUAUGAGGAACCUGGCAUAGAUUCUGUUGAAGAAGAGGAUGAAGAAGAAGGAGAAUACUAAUUACCUGUUCCUUUCAGCUCUGUAGCAUGUCAUAUUUCCAGAACUUCAGCUUCAGGAUUAGCUAACAGGCAUUAAAGUUUACUGAUUAAAUUGUCUUCUCUCAAUCAUGAUCAUGUCUAUCUUUUUUCAUAUGUACCAGUAAGAUCUUUCUAUAGUGCCUCAAAGUCUUUAAAGAAAAAGUUAAAAAUAUUAAAUAAAUAAGCUGCAGAUACAACAUUUUAUCCCCAAAUAGUUCUGCAUUAAUUUCCUUAGAAAAGCUUCUUUCU